AUGGCCKCCCAAAACUCCGCCGGUAUCCAAACGCUGCUUGACGCUGAGCGGGAAGCUCAGAAGAUUGUCCAGAAAGCUCGCGAAUACCGGACGAAGCGAGUCAAGGACGCUCGAUCAGAGGCGCAAAAGGAGAUUGAGGAGUACCGGAAUCAGAAGGAGUCGGAGUUCAAGGCUUUCGAGAAAGAGCACACAUCAGGCAACAAGCAAGCCGAGGAUGAUGCCGACAAGGACACAGAGAAGAAGCUGCAGGAGAUCAAGCAGAUUGGAAGCAAGACUGGCCCCAAGGUGGUCGAUGACCUGCUGAAGGCUGUGAUGGAACCUCACCCUGAAGUACCAGACAGAGCAGAGCAGCCCGUUGCAUAG